AUGGGCAGCCUCAAGUUGGAAGUCCUGGAUAAGCCGAGUAUCGAUGAGCCAUUCUUAGAAAUAUUCCUCACGGAGAGCGAGCGCCCACCAUCAUGGAUGGACCCAUUCAUUGACUACCUUUCCAAAGGUAUCGAGCCGACAGACAAGGUAAUCGCAACCAGAAGCCACCGAUGGGCGACACUUUACACGGUCCGGGACGGCAAAGUGUACAGGAAAGGAAGGUCCUUCCCUCUAUUGAAAUGCAACUCCCUUGAAAAGGGGCAGCGAGUUCUGCUAUCGCUACAUGGUGGAGUAUGCGGCAACCAUGCAGGUGCGAGAAACCUAGCAUUCAAGGCAUUGCGUACAGGGUACUACUGGCCCACAAUCGAGCAAGAUGCGAAACGUAUUGCUAGCGCCUGCCUCAAGUGCCAUCAGUUCGCCAACUCCCCCUUAGCACUAUCGGUACCGCUAUCGAUUAUCAUAGCCCCUUGGGCAUACUGCCAGUGGCGACUCGAUUUCAUAAAUUGA